AUGAGAUACAGCAAUCCAAUGAUGCCUUUUGAAGAUUUGGCAUUUCCAACCUUGACAUCCCUUGCAUGGAAAACAAAAGUCCUGGAAGAGUUAUCCAAACGCUUUACUAACCUGCCUGUUUUUAUUGGCCUUCAUCAUUGUAGUGAUGUUUUAGCUAAUAAAGAAGACGAAGAAGAAGAGACCAUUUCAAGAUCAGAGAAGAGAUUUAAAGAAGAUACUUUACCAGAUUCACCUGAAGACUGGCUCCAAAUUUCCGAUGACUAUGAAAACUUAUGGAAUUUUCCUCAAUGCUUAGGAGCCAUUGACGGUAAACACGUCGUACUACAAUGCCCCUUUAGAAGUGGAAGCGAAUAUUAUAAUUACAAGGGCACUUUCAGCAUUGUCUUUAUGGCAGUAGUAGAUGCAAAGUAUCGAUUUUUCUACGUAAACGUGGGAUGGCAAGGACGAAUUUCAGAUGGUGGUAUUUUUAAAAAUACACUUUUCGCGAGAAAACUAAAUGAUGGGACUUUAAAUUUACCAGCUGAAAAACUCCUGCCAGGACAACAGGACGGAACAACACCUUUUGUAUUUAUUUACGACGAUGCGUUUCCUCUACAGGAGAACCUGAUGAAACCAUUUCCCGGCGAACAUUUGAAGGGGACGUUCCAACGCUCAUUUAAUUACAGAUUAUCGCAAGCAAGACAAGUAGUGGAAAAUACUUUUGGCGUUAUGUCGUCUGUAUUUCGAGUUUUGCAAAAGCCCUUGCUUUUGCAACCUACUACUGCUGAAAUAAUUAUUCUUACAUGUUGCUACUUACAUAAUUUUUUACAAAAUACUAAAACAAUCAUGGGCUGUUAUGCUUCCCCUGGAACCUAUGGCAAUGAAGAUGUUUCAACGGGCAUUUUGGUUCAUGGAUCUUGGCAAAGCGAACCAGAACCUUCAUCUACAUUUAUAAAGUUAAAUAGAAUUGAUAGAAAAUCAACCAGAAUAGCACAGGAAGUUCGAGAACAAUUUGCAUAUUAUUUUUCAGGCCAAGGAAGAGUGCCUUGGCAAGACAGACUGGAAUAA